AUGGUAUCAGACGAACAUUUCAUUGUUAAAAUACAUGACAAUCUUUCUCUUGAUGCGGUUGUUCCUCUUUUCUAUGCUGGAAUUACAACUUAUAGUCCUUUAAGGUACAUUGGUUUGGAUAAUUCAGGAACCAAUUUAGGUAUGGUGGGUCUUAGUGGGUUAGGUCAUUAUGCGGUUAAGUUUGCCAAGGCUUUUGGUGCUAAUGUGACUUUUAUUAAUACUUCGAUUAGCAAGAAGAAUGAGGCGAUUAAAAGGCUCGGUGCUGAUUCGUUCUUGAUUAAUAGUGAUCCUGAUCAGAUGAAGAGUCAUGAAAAAAAUUUCAUUGAUUUAAGGAUGAUGGGGAAUGAAUUAAUAAAUGUGUAUGUUGAUGUGUUCUUAUUAUUAGAUGGUGUAGACAUCACUAAUUUGCAUGUGCCCUAUUAUGACCAUGACCACCACAUGAUCUGCAUUGUCUCUGGACCUUACGAGACUCGCCUUGGGAUGACCUACGAUUUGUUGUUGGCUGCCCUUUCUUCACCUUAA